AAAAAAAAAAAAAAAAAAAUCAUGGGGAGUUCAUCAACUUCUGCAAUACUUUCCUUAUUUUUUAUCCUUGUUUUGGUUCCAUGGGCAACCUCAGCCUCAGUGGAGGAGAGAUUUCUUCAAUGCCUUUCCCUCCAUUCUGAUCCCUCCUCUCCAAUCUCCGCUGUGGUUUAUUCCCCCAAUAACUCCUCUUAUCUAUCGAUCUACACCUCUACUAUAACAAGUCUCAGGUUCCUGCAGUCUUCCGCUCGAAAACCUCUCUUUAUCAUUACUCCUUCCACAGAAUCCCACGUCCAAACCGCUGUUAUCUGUGCAAAAGAGAAUGGUUUGGAGAUCAGAAUACGAGGCGGAGGCCAUGACUACGAGGCCCUCUCAUCUAUGGCUGAAGUUCCAUUCGUCAUUGUUGACAUGUCCAAUCUGAAAACCAUCACUGUGGACAUUGAAGACAACAGUGCAUGGGUUCAGGCUGGUGCGACCCUGGGCGAACUGUAUUACAGAAUUGCAGAGAAGAGUAACGUCCAUGGCUUCCCAGGUGGGGUUUGCCACACUGUAGGCGUUUCCGGCUUCCUCGGCGGUGGUGGGUAUGGUUACAUGCUCAGAAAAUAUGGCCUCGGAGCUGAUCAAGUCAUUGAUGCACAAAUGGUCGAUGCAAAUGGAAAAAUCCUCAACAGAGAAACCAUGGGAGAAGAUCUGUUCUGGGCCAUCAGGGGAGGAGGUGCAGCAAGCUUUGGAAUCAUUCUACGGUGGAAAGUGAGAUUGGUUCCAGUCCCACCAGUUGUUACUGUUUUCAAUCCGUCCAAGACAAUAGAAGAAGGAGCAACGAAGCUCGUCCACAGGUGGCAAUACGUUGCACAUAAGCUCCAUGAAGACAUAUUCAUGAGAAUCAAUCUGGCGCUCACAAGCACCAGUUCAGGCGGCAAAACAGUGAAUGUUGAGUUCAGCUCCAUGUUCCUCGGUACUAUUGACAGACUCCUCCCUCUGAUGAACGAGAGCUUCCCAGAGCUGGGCUUGAAACGAGAGGACUGUACUGAAAUGAGUUGGAUCGAUGCCAUGAAGUAUCUUGGUGGAUUCCCAGAUAGUACACUGGAGGUUUUACUCAACAGAACUCUUCAAAGCAAGAGCCUCUCCAAGAAUAAAUCCGACUAUGUUAAGAAACCAAUUCCGGAAUCUGCGUUUGAGGGAAUAUGGAAAAGGUUUCUUCAAAUGGAGAUACCUGUAAUGCAGCUAAAUCCCUAUGGAGGAAGGAUGAGUGAGAUAUCAGAAUCUGCAACUCCAUUCCCACACAGAAAAGGGAACAUAUACAAAAUCCAGUACAUUAUAAUCUGGCAACAAAAUGGGACUCAAGAAAUCAAGAGGCAUAUAAAUUGGGUCAGAGAGCUGUAUAAAUACAUGACUCCUUAUGUCUCCAAGUCGCCAAGGGAAGCAUAUCUCAACUACAGAGAUCUUGACAUUGGAAAAAACAACAAGGGCAAUACAAGCUACUCACAAGCUAGCAUCUGGGGUCGAAAGUAUUUCAAGAACAACUUCGACAGGUUAGUAUAUGUGAAGAGCAAGGUCGACCCAGGGAAUUUCUUCAGAAAUGAACAGAGCAUUCCAGCAGUGACAGCAUGGUGAGCAGAGCAUUCCAUCACUGGUCCAAUCUUCUCUAGUCUUUGAUAGCCAAGCAGUCGGUCGGGUGAGCUUACAGCAGUUACAAACAAGAAAUAAAAGGCUAAAUAUAUUGCAUUUUUUGUGAUUAUGUGGUGUUGUAUACAACAUUAAUUGUCUUAACAAGUUGUUGCUCUCUUGUUGUAUAAUUUUUUUUUCAUUGCAAAGGAAUAAUUUUCAACGUUAAGAGUUUC